AUGAACCCUCCACAUGGCACCGCAAAUGGCAACGGCAAGGAAGCGGGCGUCAAGCGACCAGAUUCAGCAGUCAAUUUGCGUGACGACUAUGUCCUCACCAGGGAUGCCGCGGCAUCUGCGCGGCUCAGCCUGUCGCACUACAUCUGGCACUCCUCUUUUGGGUACAACCUCCACCCGCGCAUCCAGCAGGAUAUCCAAGGCAAGGAGAAUCUGCAGGUCGCAGACAUCGGAACAGGAACGGGCAUCUGGCUGCUCGAUAUGGCACACCAGCUCCCAGCAUCGACCCAGCUGGACGGUAUCGACAUCAGCUUCGGCCAAUUCCCACCCAAGGAAUGGUUGCCGAAAAAUGUCAACCUCCGACUGGUCGACAUCACAACUGCCGUCCCAGAAGAAUUGACCUCCAAGUACGACAUAAUCCACAUCCGCCAUUUCAUCUGCGUGGUCUAUUCCAACGACCCCACUCCACUCCUUCUCAACCUCCUUCGCAUGCUCAAACCCGGCGGCUGGAUCCAAUGGGGUGAGUGGGAUGUGCUCAAUCGACACUUCACCAAAACCUCCCCCUCCAUCCCUCAAUCCAACAUCGACAAACUCGAAGCUGAAUUCGCCACAAUGCGGCGCCAUACUCCUCGACCAGAUUGGCCUCCACGUCUUGAUGAGUAUCUCCUAUUGCAGAAUAUGCAGAAUGUCGCAAUGGAGAAGCGUCUUUCAAGUACAAGUCAUUUGGCUUUUAUGCAUGACUUGACGUUGUUGGUGUUUCAGGAAUUGAUUGAUGGCGCGGAAUUGAAAGGACAUAUUGAUGAGGACAAGACGAGGGAACUAAGAGCUCUCUUGGAUGGCGCGACGAGGGAGAGUAGGAUGGGAGCGGCGUGGAAUCUUACUAGGUGUAUGGUUAUCGGGCAGAAGGGAUUGGAUGAGCGGGGAAAUGCCUUUGUGAAUUGA